AGGAGUAAAAAAAAGAAAAAAAAAGAAAAUGAAUUGACAAUAAACAUUGCAGUCAUAUGCCUCCGACAAAGUGCAGGCGGUUCGUGCUGCAGUUCCGCGCCGCCACAUUAUCAAUGCUAGAGUUUACGGCGGAAGGGCGUCGUGUGAAGCUUUGCAGUCGCUGACAGCCGGUGCUUGUUUUGACGUCGGGGGAAGAAAUGGAGCACAUCCGAACGCCAAAGGUGGAGCAGGUGCGGCUGUUGGAUCGCUUCAGCAACAAAUCCACGAAUGGCACGCUGUACCUCACGGCUACACAUCUCAUCUUUGUGGAGAGCAGUGCCAAGAACUCAACCUCUGCAGGACAGGAGAUCUGGAUUUUGCAUCACCAUAUAGCGUCUGUGGAGAAGCUCUCUCUGACCACCACAGGCUGUCCUCUGGUCAUCCAGUGUCGUAACUUCCGGUUGGUGCACUUUGUGGUGCAGAGGGAACGGGACUGCCACGACAUCUACAGCUCACUCCUGCGUCUUCUACGGCCUGUAUCCUAUGAGGAGCUCUAUGCCUUCUCCUACAACCCCAAACAGAACGACCAACAGAGAGAGGAGGGCUGGCAGCUCAUCGACCUGGGGGCAGAGUUCGAGAGGAUGGGUGUCCCCUGUGACCAAUGGCAGCUUACGGACGUCAACAGAGACUACAAGGUGUGUGAGACAUAUCCACGGGACCUGUAUGUUCCCAUCACAGCCAGUAAGCCUAUCAUCGUGGGGAGUUCCAAGUUCAGAAGCAAAGGACGCUUUCCUGUUCUCACAUACUUCUACCAGGAGAAAAAGGCAGCCGUGUGCCGAUGCAGUCAGCCUCUCUCUGGGUUCAGUGCGCGAUGCUUGGAGGACGAGAGCCUGCUGCAGGCCAUCAGCAAAGCUAAUCACAACUGCCGAUUUGUCUACGUCAUGGACACUAGGCCAAAGCUGAAUGCCUUAGCUAACCGAGCAGCGGGCAAAGGCUAUGAAAACGAGGACAACUACUCCAACAUCCGCUUCCAGUUUGUCGGCAUCGAAAACAUCCACGUCAUGAGAACCAGCCUGCAGAAACUGAUGGAAGUGGUCGGGACUCGGUCUCUCUCCAUGAGUGACUACUUGGUUGGCCUGGAGAGCAGUGGCUGGCUGCGGCAUAUCAAGGCCGUUGUAGACGCAGCCAUCUUUCUCACCAAGGCGGUGACAUUGGAGGGAGCCAGUGUGUUGGUUCAUUGUUCAGAUGGAUGGGACAGAACAGCUCAAGUCUGCUCCCUGGGGGCAUUGCUCAUGGACCCUUACUACCGUACCAUCAAGGGCUUCAUGGUACUGAUUGAGAAGGACUGGAUCUCCUUUGGUCACAAGUUUGCCGACAGGUGUGACCAGUUGGAUGGCGACCCAAAGGAGGUGUCUCCCAUCUUCACUCAGUUCCUGGAGUGUGUCUGGCAGCUGUCUGAGCAGUUCCCACAGGCAUUUGAGUUCAGCGAGUGGUUCCUGCUGCAGAUCCACGAACAUGUCCACUCCUGUCAAUAUGGAAACUUCCUUGGCAACAAUCAGAGACAGAGGGAGGAGUUGCAGCUCAGAGAGCGGACACACUCACUGUGGGCAUUUCUAAUGAGUGACAAGGAGAACUACCUGAAUCCGUUCUACAGCCCUGCCUACGCUGAGUCGCACCCUGUGUUGGCGCCUUCUACCCUGCCUUACCAUUUCAAGUUCUGGAGGAAUAUGUACCACCAGUUUGAUCGGUCAAUGCACCCACGUCAGUCUAUCCUCAAAACCAUUCUGACUCUCAGAGAGAACAGCCGCAAGGCCGAGAGCACAUUGCAAGCACUGGAGGGCAGGCUCCAGCAGCUUGGUGUGACCCCCGUCGUCGUGACCUCUGAGCCCCCUGCGGCCCCUCCCACCAGAGAUCAGCACUCCCGCACCCUCCCGCCGCGGCCCGACUCCCUCAUCCUGGGGGCGCCAGUCAACCACAAAGAAGUGCAGCGGCGGGUGGAGGAGGACGAGCAGGAGGAGGUGGGCGAGGAGGCCACGGAGAGCACUGACACAGAGCGGACAGUAGAGGGCAGCAGUGGCAGUGAGAGCAGGAAGCAGAGCUACGGAGAGCUGGAAGGGACAUACAACAGCGAGCUGGCCAAGGAAGAGCCAGCUGUUGUCAGUCUGGAGUUUGGAGUGGCACGCAUGACCUGCUGAGAUCAAACAGGGCUGUUGUAGGAUACCGAGGGACGAGCGGGACUCAGAGACGACUUGGUGAAAGUGUGUGCAUGUUAAGGGGAAGCUGUUGUUCUGUAUGUGGUUAUGUGCUGAUGAUGGGUCGAGUGGAUGAAGUUGUGUGUCUUUGAGUCUAAAUCGCUAUGGAAAGUCUCAUAAAUAUGUCAUAUAUUGCACCUAUAGGAAAAAAGGCUUGUUUUUUUUUUAAUUAAUGUUCAAAGCACUAUAGGGAGGAAAUGAAUAGAAAAGAGAAUAAAUUCAUCCCAAAAA